UAUGAGACGCCUCUUGCUACCGGGGGAACGGAGCUCUGAGGUUGUGCGGAGUCUUGCCGGUGGACUAGAAACUCCCGCCAUUUCGAAAAGGAAUUAACCUCUUGAUUGAGUCAGGUUACAUUUUUCGUAAUACUUGAUAACGCUGUUAUAUCAUAGAAAGAGGCUCAGAGAAUACGAAGAUGCAGCGAAGUCAGUUGAUUAAACGACAACAGGCCUAGUUUGCAAAGAUUUGGGAUUGUGCAGCGCGCCAGACCUCCUGCCUAUCUGAGCUUUGGCUGUUGCCGCGAAUUUGAUUUUCGGUGUGGGUAGCAUCCUUUCAUGUUUAUCCGGAGGAGCUACAAGUUUACCAGCUAUCCUGAAAGAUAGAAAGUCGAGCAACCCGUUUCUACAUCUAAGACAUUGAGUAAAACCAGCACGACACCACUAACAUUACAAGAAGAGAAAAGAAGGGUGCGAUGAGGCGGCUGACAAGAAGUGCACUGUUAUUGUUUUGUAACGAGAUAGCAGUACAGCCUACCUGCUAGUCAGCUAGCUGCUACACGUUGAGUGCCGGGCCUGCCGGCAGUAACGCGGCGCGUGUUGGAAUAUUUCGAGACAUUUGGAUACAUGUUAAGAACACUUUGUUGUAUGUUAUUGUAUUAGUUUGUCGCUAGAAGAUCUAAUCUCGCCAUUGGCAUCCGUGCCAUCUGAGGAUUGAUAAUGGCACCGCUUUUGGGCCGGAAACCUUAUCCACUUGCUAAGCCGCUAGCCGAGCCACCAGGCCCGGGAGAGGAGGUCUACAUCAUCGAGCACACCAAGGAGGCCUUCAGGAACAAAGAAGAGUAUGAGGCACGCCUGCAGAGGUAUAAUGAGCGCAUCUGGACAUGCAAGAGCACUGGAAGCAACCAGCUGACGCACAAAGAGGCAUGGGAGGAGGAGCAAGAAGUCACAGAAUUGCUUCAGGAGGAGUAUCCCCAGUGGUUUGAGAAGCCGGUCCUGGAGAUGGUCCACCACAACACAGUGUCUUUAGACAAACUGGUUGAAAUGGCCUGGGUGGAAAUCCUCACCAAGUAUGCUGUGGGUGAAGAGUGUGACUUCAUGGUGAGAAAGGACAAAAGUCUGCGAGUGAAGGUGGUGAAGAUUCACCCCCUAGAAACCCUAGAGGGCGAGACGGGGGAGAAGAAGCUUGAAGGUGCCUGUGACUCUCCAUCCAGCGACAAGGAAAACACAAGUCAGGAGAACCAGAGGAAAGAGCCUCCUCCCCGAGAGGAUGAGAACAGGAGGGAGAGUCUCAGUGACAGAGCACGACGUUCUCCAAGGAAACUUCCCACUGCCGUGAAGGAAGAGAAGAAGAAAUGGGUUAUGCCCAAAUUCCUUCCUCAUAAGUACGAUGUGAAGCUCAUUAAUGAGGAUAAGGUGAUCAGUGAUGUCCCAGCAGAUAGUCUUUUCAGAACCGAGCGCCCUCCAACCAAGGAGAUCAUGCGCUAUUUCAUCAGACACUAUGCUCUGAGGCUAGGUAUGGGAGAGAGUGCUCCCUGGGUGGUUGAAGAUGAGCUGGUGAAAAAGUUUAACUUGCCUAGCAAGUUCAGUGACUUUCUUCUUGAUCCACACAAGUUUUUAGCAGAGAAUCCCUCCUCAAAGCGCAAGAGCUUGUCAUCUCCUGAGGGUAAACCUAGCAAGAGAAGUAAGACUGCUGACACUCCAGGAGCAGAUUCGGGAAAUGAAAAGGGAGAGAAGAAAAAGAAAAAGAAGAAAGAUGCUUUAGGCAUGCCUCUUAGUCCCACCAUCUGGGGCCACGUGCAGGUUGGCUGGCCUAAAAUAAAAAUGAAUGGUUCUCCACUCAAGGUAAAGAACUCAGGAACCCCUAAGAAAGGAGAAGGCAAAGGUUCAGUGCCCUCCACGCCAAAAUCGGGUCGAAAGUCUGGAGACAAGAAAGAAGGAAAGAAAACGGGGAACAGCAGUGAUAAGAAACUUAAUGUGCUCAAAGCUUCUAAAAAGGACACUAAACAUGGUGUUAAGACACCAAAGAUGAAGCAGAUGACUCUGCUACAUCUGGCUAAGAGCACCCCUGCUGGGAGCCCUAAGAAGCGAGCCCGGAGUAGUGGCGUGGGUACGCCUAAACUGGGGAAGCCACUGCACCCUAUGGCUCUCCACCUUCUUCGUUACUAUAAGGAGAACAAGGGUAAAGAGGACAAAAAGAACUCCCUCUCCUCGCUGAUUUCCAAGGCUGCUAAAACCUUGUCCCCAGAUGAUCGCAGCCGCCUGCCGGAGGAGCUCAGGGAGCUGGUGCAGAAACGUUGGGAGCUUCUGGAACAAAAGAAACGGUGGGCAGCCAUGAGUGAAGAGGAAAAGCAGGAAGAGAUGAAGAGGAGGCGCCAGGAACUCAAAGAGAAACUACGAGAAAAAGCCAAGGAGAGACGUGAGAAGGAGAUGCUGGUCAGGCGCGAACAGUCACGUAGAUACGAGGACCAGGAGAUUGAAGGCGGCAAGAUGCUGCCUACAUUCAAGCUUGUAGACAUGCCUGAAGGCUUGCCCAACACCCUGUUUGGUGAUGUGGCCAUGGUUGUGGAUUUCCUACACUGCUAUGCAGGGCUGCUGAUGCCGGAGGACCAGUAUCCCAUCACAGCAGUGGCUCUGAUGGAAGCACUGGCUGGGGAACGGUCAGGCUUCCUCUACUUAAACCGUGUGUUGGUAGUGCUGCUCCAGACGCUGCUGCAGGAUGAACUGGCAGAAGGGUACAAUGAGCUCGAUAUGCCCUUAUCUGAGAUCCCCUUAACCAUGCACUCCGCUUCAGAGCUGGCACGGUUGUGUCUGCGUCCAUGUGACGUUCAUGGCGAGGAGAGUGGCCAGGGCUCAGAUGACUCGGGGCCCAUGGGGGGCUUUGACGAUGUGGUGACCAGUGAGUUCCUGGAGAAGCUUGAAACAGUUGAGGUGUUUGAGCUGAGCCCUGAGGAGAAGGUCAACCUGCUGGUGGCACUGUGCCAUCGCAUCCUCAUGACCUACUCGGUGGAGGACCACGUUGAUGCAAUGCACCAGCGGUCAGCUGAGCUAUGGAAGGAGCGCUUGGCAAUGCUGAAAGAGGUCAAUGAUCGCAAGAAGGCUGAGAAGAAGAAGCAAAAGGAGAUGGAGAGCAAAGGUGAGAAGAAAAAGGAGGGGGGCGCUAAGAAGGAGAACAAAAAAGAAGUAAAGGUGGAGCCGGAGCCAGAGGACAUGAUUAGCUCAGUGAAGAGCCGGCGGCUGAUGGCCAUGCAGGCCAAGAAGGAGAAGGAGGAGAUGGACAGACAGAACAAAGAACGCAUGGAGAAGGAGGCUGAAGAGGAACGACUGCGUAAGCAGAGGGUUGCUGCAGAGAGGGCCUUCCAGGACGGAAUAACCAAAGCCAAACUUGUCAUGCGCAGGACCCCACUGGGUACAGACAGAAAUCAUAACAGAUACUGGCUGUUCUCUGACGUGGUUCCUGGUCUGUACAUUGAGAAAGGCUGGGUGCCUGAAAGCAUCGACUACAGUUUCAGCCCUUUACCUGAGGACAAACCAGCUGAGCCUGAGAUGGAGGAGGAUGAUAGAGCUGAAAAGGAUGAUGGUAGCAUAGAUGGUGUUAUUAGUGAAGGAGCCCAGCAGGGAGCAGCAGCAGACGUCUGUAUAGAAACUACUGUUCCCAAAGUGGGACAGAACCUCUGGUUCAUAUGUGACAGCCUGGCUGAACUGGAGGAGCUGGUGGAAAGUCUUCAUCCUCAGGGGGUUAGAGAGAGUCAACUGAAGGUGAAGAUUCAAAGCAGGUACCCAGACAUCCUCCACUCCAUCCAUCUCACCCGUAAGGCCAAAAUGGGCCUCAGGACCUGUGAUGGCUACACAGAGUUGCUCAAAUACUUGCGCAGUGACAUCCAGGAAAUAGCCUCACGACUCCAGAAGGGAGGCCUGGGAUACCUGGACGAUAACGUAGAUAUGGAAGAGCAGAUGAAAGACAUGGACAGCCUGAAAGACUUUGGCGAGUGCAUCAUCACCAUUCAGGCUUGUGUAAUCAAAAAGUUCCUGCAGGGGUUCAUGGCCCCCAGACAGAAAAAGAAGAAAAGGCAGGGAGGGGAAGAAAGCAGCAAGACCGAAGAGGUGGAUGAUGAGAAGAGACUGGCAGAGGAGGCCAGGGUAGCGACAGCGGUAGAGAAGUGGAAGACGGCUAUCCGAGAGGCUCAGACCUUUUCCCGCAUGCACGUCUUGCUAGGAAUGUUGGAUGCUUGCAUAAAGUGGGACAUGUCUGCUGAGAAUGCUCGCUGCAAAGUCUGCCGCAGGAAAGGCGACGAUGAGAAACUGAUCCUCUGUGACGAGUGCAACAAGGCCUUCCACCUGUUCUGUCUGCGGCCGGCCCUGUACCGCAUCCCUGCCGGAGAGUGGCUGUGCCGCAAGAGUUCAAGUGUCAACACUAAAACCUGCCUCCUGACUGACCGUAUUCUGUCUUGGAACUAUAACCAAGACACAGAUGAGGAAGAGUCUGAGGAGGAAUCUGAAGAGGAAGAGACUGAGGAGGAUGAAGAGGAUGAGGAAGAAAAUGACUACAAAGCCAUGGGGCACAGCUUGAGACCAAGGAAGAAAAAUAAGCAGUCUUCAUCUCAGCAGAAAAGCUCAAAAAAUAAGUCCAAGAAGCAGUCGUCAUCUUGUGGUCAGAGUAGCAAGCAAAGGGCCGGACCCAACUGUCCUGCAGACAUCGAUGAACUGGUGCGUCAGAGUUCCCAGUCAGGAGGGCGCAGGCAGGUGCUGGAGCUAGAGAGGUGCGAGGAAAUCCUGAAAAAACUGGUCCGGUUUCGCUCCAGUUGGCCCUUCAGAGAGCCUGUUUCCCCGGAUGAGGCAGAGGACUACCUGGACAUCAUCGCCCAGCCCAUGGAUUUCCAGACUAUGCUGGGAAAAUUCAGCCAGGGCUCAUAUCGUCAUGCCCAGGACUUCCUGGAAGACAUGAAACUGGUCUUCUCCAACGCAGAGGAGUACAACCAGCAGGGCAGCACUGUACUCUCCUGUAUGGUCAAGACCGAGCAAACCUUCACCGAGCUGCUCCAGAAGCUGCUGCCUGGGCUCAGCUACCUCCGCCGGCGCUCACGCAAACGCGUCUACCAAGCCCCUGCUUUAUCAUCAUCUGAGGAGGAGGAAGAUGAGGAGGAGGAGGAUGAAGAAGAGCAGGAAGAGGAACCCAAAAAGAAGAUGCAGAAUGGUAGAUCAAACAGGAAGAAAACCAGAAAUGUCCGGGGGCAGAGGAUGGAUGACAGCGAUAGUGAGGAGGAGGAGGAG